AAACGACGCAGGAUCCUGCUUUCAUUUGCUUCAAGUAAUCUGACAUUGACCAGACGGUGUCUGUUUAUUUGAGUAGCCGUUCGUCUCAAAAGCGCAAAAGAUGGAUUACUUGCAAUGUGGAAUGUAUUCAAUGGCAGAUUCUACACUACCAGACUCAGACAAUGUACGGGGUACAUUAUCAAAAAAAAGCCGCGAAAAAACCUCAACGCCGGGAAUGGCAACGCUUACCAGAGAAGAGCGGAGGAGAAGAAGACGAGCCACACAAAAGUACAGAAUGGCUCAUGCCACACGGGAAAGAGUCAGGGUGGAGGCGUUCAACGUGGCCUUUGGUGAGCUACGCAAGCUUUUGCCGACCAUUCCACCGGACAAGAAGUUAUCGAAAAUCGAAAUCCUAAGGCUGGCCAUUUGCUACAUAAUGUAUUUGAAUCAAUUUUUGGAAGCGUAAAACCAACCCCGUUAACUGUACUGUGUAUUUAAUGUUUUUAACCAAAGAUUUCUAGGGGGGGAACAUGACCAAAUUAGACCUUAAGAGUUUUGCCUUGAACAAUGUUCAGUCGUGGUAGCAAUUAGAAUUUUUGAAAUCAUAAUAUUAUAUAUAGUGUGUUCUAGACUAAAGUGACUGUUGCAGUGUCUUUAGGGGUUUAACCGAAAUUCAAUAAAUUACAAACAAAAUAAAAUGUGCAAAAAUUAUCAUCAAGUAUCAUGUGUUUACACUGCAACAUUCAUUCUCAGACAUUUCUUCUACACGUCCACAAUCUGAUAAUUACAGGAGUCAUGUUAGAUCCUGCUUAUAACGUGUGUACAUUAUUGUUUAUAUUUAUUAUAACCACGGCAACUUCAGCCUUUGGUGUUGUAAUUAUUUUGAUAAAUAGUAUUGUUAUUUAAAUAAUAUUAGUAUUUAGAAACAAUACAUCUAUUGUACAUUUCUAUUUAAAAAAAAUAUAGUGAUAAUUAUAUACUUUAUGUUUGUUAAAAAAAAGCCUCAAACAUUCCGCAAUCAAAUAUUACAUAUCACUUA